AUGAUUAGUAACAGUGGCGAUGAUAAAGAGUCUAUCUCUGAGUCCUUGGAGAGGGAGAAAAAGAGUGGUCGUAAAGCCACUCGUAAAAUAGCGUCACAUACCUUGAAGUCAAAGAACGCAAACAGGCCUACAUCCGUUAAAAGACGCAUUAUCUCAGAUGGUUAUUCUGAGAACGAGGCUAAAUCUGACAUGGGCCCCGAUAUUGCUCCAAUUAAGCCCACAAAAAAGAAAGCAAAAAAAGGUAGUUUAGUUAAGGAAGGUGAUACCGAGGAGGACGUACCUCUAAAAGUCUUUAAAAAACCCUCUGAUGAAGAAUUAAAGAAAAGGGUCCUUAAUCUUCUUGAAGAAGUAAAUCUUGAGACUACUUCGUUAAGAGUUGUGCGGGAUAAGAUAUUUGAGUAUUAUCCCAACUUCGACUUGACUGAUAAAAAAGAUUUCAUCAAUUCUGUUGUUAAACAAGUGAGUCAUUGCUAA